UUGCAAGCCAUGACCGCCAAGAAGCACGAAGCUUCGGCGCUGCUGAAGAAGGAAGUGGAGGAGCGAAAUGCAAUUGAGAUGUACGGCAGCACCUCGUCAAAGGACUCUACCGCGUCGACGAUGUCCUUGCCCAUGAUCCCUGUGAUGCAAGAGAUCAAGGAGAUGAGCAGCAUGGCGAUCCAGUUGUCCCUCCGGCAAAUGGUGCGCCAGGCCAUGACCCUCACGGAUGCCGCUUUCCAGGGCCACAUCGGGACAAAACAGCUCGCGGGGGUCGCGCUUGCGAGCAUGUGGAUGGGCGUCCCGUCGGCGUUCAUUCAGUACUCGAUCCAAGCGAUCCCAACGUUAUGUGGACAAGCGUACGGCGCCAAGAACAAUGUGUUGGUAGGUAUUUGGCUCCAAACGGCCGUCGUGUUUGCUGUGUGCACGUGCGUUCCGGUCAUGUUGUACUACAUGUUUGUCGGGCACAUGAUUGCCCUCACCAUGGACGACGAGGACACGGUCAUGUACGGCCAGUCGUUUGCGCGCGUCAUGGCGUUGGGGCUCAUUCCCCAGUUCGUGUACAACGCAUGCGCGUCGUAUUUCGCCGCCCAGGGCGUGAUCAUGCCAGCCACAUUUUGCAGCGGGCUCACGAUGGUGCUGAACAUCGUGUUCAACCAAGUGUUCAUCUAUGGCGCGUUCGGGUGGCCAGGGUUGGGGUUUAUUGGGUCGCCCAUUGCCACUGUCACGAGCACAUACCUCCAGCUAGCGCUCUUCCUUCUGUACACUGUCGCGUGGAAGAAGUACCAUGUCGCGUACUGGGGCGGGUGGACGUGGGACUGCAUCAAGCGCGACCGCGUGACCACGUUCUUGUCCCUGGCGGUCCCCAUGGGUAUGUCGUCGGUGGUCGAUUGGUCGUCGGCGGCAGUGUCCAGUGCGUUUUCGGGGCUGUUGGGGCCCCAGAUUGCCGCCACGAUGUCGGUGCUGAACGGCAUUUACGGCGUCGCAAAUGCAUGCGUCAGCGGGUUCUCCAUUUCGACGCAGAUUCGCAUGUCGCGGUACUUGGGCCAAGGCCACCCCACGGCAGCGAAGCGCGUGCUACUCCUAGGAGCCCGCGUCAUCAUGGUCAGUGCCACGACGCUCCUCGUCCUCGUCGUGUGCGGCCGCAACUACCUCUUCCACGUGUGGAGCAACGAUCCCGAGAUCAUUGCGCUGUGCGGCAAGGCACUGGGGUUCUUUAUUGCAUGCGUGAUGGUCGCUUUUGGCCGGUUCCUGCUCACGGCGUCCAUGAACGCCCUGUCGAUGGCCGACGUAAACCUCAUUGCCAACAACAUUGCGUCGUGGUGUAUCUACGUCCCACUGAGCUACCUCUUGCCCAUCACGCUAGCCUGGGGCAUCAACGGAUUUUGGGUCGCAGACACCCUCGGCGAACUGUUCAAAGUCGUCGUGUUGGCAUGGGGGCUAGCCCGGGUCAACUGGCAGGCGCGCGCCGACCAAGCCCAAGCCGCCGCGGAAGCGUCCGACGUCUUGCAGCCAGAACUAGAAGAGCAGCGAGAACUGCUGGCGUAUGAGAACGAAGCUUUGACGCCGGGAUCCAUCCGCAGCCCGUCGCUGUUGCUGUCGUCCAAAAGCCACCACACGCCCACCCUCAUGCAACGUGCCACGUCCCUCACCCCCAAGCAGCAACCUCGUCACAUGCACAAAGAAGUCUAACCAAAUAAAUUCACAGUAUUGGGUUUCUAA